GGGUGGAGAGGCUGCCUCUCCUCGGUUCGUCAGAGCCCAGUGGCCGGAGGAGCUCAGCUCUCGCACAGCACCGAGCAGGAGGUCCCGGACAGGAGCCCCGGGCUCGCACCCCUCCAGGACAAGAUGAAGCGGCUCUUCCUCCUCUUCCUCCUCGGGCUCAUCACCAGGUCCUUGCAGAUCGAAGACAACAAGAUCCCCGGGCUGUGCUCAGGGCAGCCGGGCAUCCCGGGCACCCCAGGCCUGCACGGGGGGCAGGGUUUGCCAGGCAGAGACGGGCGAGACGGGCGGGAUGGAGCCACGGGGAUGCCAGGGCAGAAGGGCGAGAUGGGCCCCCCUGGAGUGCCCGGUCCCCGCGGGGAGGUGGGCAGCCCCGGCGUGGACGGGCUGCACGGUGAGAAGGGGGCUCAGGGCGAGUGCGCCGUGGCUCCUCGCUCUGCCUUCAGCGCCAAGCGCUCCGAGACCCGCAGCCCACCCCUGGCAGACCAGCCCAUCCUCUUCGACGUGGUGCUCAUCAACGAGCAGGGCCACUACGACCCUGGCACGGGCAAGUUCACCUGCGAGGUGCCCGGCCUGUACUACUUCGCCGUGCACGCCACCGUGUACCGCACCAGCCUGCAGUUCGACAUCAUGAAGAACGGCCAAUCCAUCGCCUCCUUCUUCCAGUACUACGGCAACUGGCCCAAGCCCACCUCGCUCUCGGGGGGCACCCUGGUCCGCCUGGAGCCCGAGGAUGAGGUGUGGGUGCAGGUGGGUGUGGGGGACUACAUCGGCUUCUACGCCAGCGUCAAGACGGACAGCACCUUCACCGGGUUCCUCGUCUAUUCCUACUGGCAAAACUCCGCUGUGUUUGCCUGAGCUCGCCCUCGGCUGCCAACUCGGUGCCCCUUGCCAGUCCGGGCACCCCCAGGGCAGGGCGAGCCGGGCUGAGUGGCCAGGAGCUCCUGCCCCAUCCCUCCCCUCAAUAAAGGGCUGCUCAGC